AUGUCGUCCGUUGAACAUUCUUUCCUCUUCGCAUCGCUAGACUCGAAGCAGCCAAGAUCUGCGCGGAAGGUGCACAUUCGCCGCCUUUUCGAUAUCCUACAGUUGUCUUUGCUGCGCAAUGACCUUGAACGCGCUCGGCGAGCGUGGGCGAUCUUGAUACGAUGUAAAGAAAUUCACUGGCGGGAUAUGUGGACGACAGCUGUCGGCCUACUUGGGGAGGAUGCACCACCGGACGACGCCGAUUCAGAUGAGGAGAAGAUAAAUUUUCUUCGCAUUGCAAUGAGGCAGCAUCUUGACGAGCGCGAACUGAUUCUCAAGGAGCUAACGUUAAGGCUCAUACGCGCGGGAAUGCACAGGGAAGCUUUAGAUGAAUUGGACUUAAAUCUGCCUACUUUUCCAUUCCAGGACAAUCCCGUCUUGCAUGUCUACGCUGGCCUGUUGGCAGUAUAUCUAGCUCAACCGAAGCCCAAUCCAGAACCAUUUCCAGGCCAUACUUGGGACAUGGGCCUCUUAGCAAUUGCACAGAGCCACUUCGAGCGUGCCAAAUCCAUCGAUCCCGACAACUGCGUUGCGAUAGGGUUCCUGAAGCAGGUACAUUAUUUCUGUUUUCGGACCUGUAACUAUUUUAACAUUUGUUGUGUGCAUCCCCAGCUUCCCACCAUUACACAGCCCGCACAUGAUCGAGCUACACCCGAGUCAGACGACGAGAGCAUGACGGUAGACCGCAGCGAGCAGCGUCGGAAGCGGGUAAAGACUUAG